UUACAUCCCAACCUUUAUCAUUCUACAAUAGCUCUUCCCCCGUACCCACCAUCUACGUCGAUUUUAGUCCCCCAGACUCCCCCUUUGCUGCGCUUCCCCAUCAAAACAGCGCAACCCCUAGUGCUUCCGCGAGUCGUCUAGACACUCCCAAUAUCCGGCCAAUCCAAAUCUAAGGUUUUCUCAAAUUCUUUCACGACUUUCAUAAUGGCUGCCUCCGAACAACCCUACGACCCCUAUAUCCCCUCCGGCUCCGCUGGAACCCCCGCUGCCACCGGUCAGAAUGGCAACCAGCGAACCGCCGCUUUGCAAGCACAAAUUGAUGAUACCGUGGGUGUGAUGCGCGAGAACAUCAACAAGGUCUCCCAACGUGGCGAGAACUUAGAUUCUCUCCAGGACAAGACCGACAACCUCGCCGUCUCGGCCCAGGGUUUCCGCCGAGGCGCCAAUCGCGUGCGCAAAGACAUGUGGUGGAAGGACAUGAAGAUGCGCGUGUGUCUGGUCAUCUGCGUGAUUGUUCUUCUCAUUGUCAUUAUUGUGCCGUCUGUGGUUGCCACCAAGCACUAAGCACCUCAACAGUGCGCAACUUACGACUUCUCUUUGGACAUGGGAUCUUGAAUUUUACUGGGCUUACUGUUGUUGGGGCCGUGUGGCCUUUUCCGUUUUCUUCGCAGCCGCUAAUACCUCCUGCUGUUUUUUUCUGGGCGUGUUUUCAAUGACCAAAUCCUCUUUGACUUUUCCAUGUAACGAAACGAGAUCAUCCGAUUUUGGGUUGUGUCGCUACAUGCGACCCGGUCGACGGGUGAAGAUGUACAUGUUACUUCCAUGACGCCGUGUUUAAGUAUGCUUACCACAUUGCCAUUCGGGUGCUCUCUCACUACAAUGAAUCUCCCUUAUUGUGCCUUUACA